AUGGCCAAGGACAUCGAGGCGGCGCCACCCGGUGGGGAGUACGCGGCCAAGGACUACUCCGACCCGCCGCCGGCGCCGCUCUUCGACGCCGAGGAGCUGACCAAGUGGUCCCUGUACCGCGCGGUGAUCGCCGAGUUCGUGGCCACGCUCCUCUUCCUCUACAUCACCGUGGCCACCGUCAUCGGGUACAAGCACCAGGCGGACCCCGCCGGCCCCAACGCCGCCGACGCGGCCUGCAGCGGCGUGGGAAUCCUCGGCAUCGCCUGGGCGUUCGGCGGCAUGAUCUUCGUGCUCGUCUACUGCACCGCCGGUGUGUCGGGUGGCCACAUAAACCCGGCGGUGACCUUCGGGCUGUUCCUGGCGCGCAAGGUGUCGCUGGUGCGCGCGCUGCUCUACAUCAUCGCGCAGUGCCUCGGCGCAAUCUGCGGCGUCGGGCUCGUCAAGGGGUUCCAGAGCGCCUUCUACGUGCGCUACGGCGGCGGCGCCAACGAGCUCAGCUCCGGCUUCUCCAAGGGCACCGGCCUCGCCGCGGAAAUCAUCGGCACCUUCGUUCUCGUCUACACCGUCUUCUCCGCCACCGACCCCAAGCGCAGCGCCCGUGACUCCCACGUCCCAGUGCUGGCUCCUCUGCCAAUCGGCUUCGCGGUGUUCAUGGUGCACCUGGCCACUAUCCCGAUCACCGGCACCGGCAUCAACCCGGCAAGGAGCUUGGGGGCUGCUGUGAUCUACAACAACGAGAAGGCCUGGGACGACCACCCAUUGUGGUUGCAGUGGAUCUUCUGGGUGGGGCCAUUCAUCGGCGCCGCCAUCGCCGCCUUAUACCACCAGUACGUGCUGAGGGCCAGCGCCACCAAGUUCGGCUCGUCCGCCUCCUUCGGCAGCCGCUAG